AGCCAGGUGCAUGUUACCUGGUAAACAGGACUCUGUAGACGGGAGCAUUUAACCGCACAGACCGUCCGCACCCUGGAGCCGAGAUCCCCUCCUCCGACUCCUGUGCGCUAAAACACAAGAUACAGCCACUAGAGCACCGUGUUCUGCUCUUUAACACCACGUAUUACCGUGCAUCACGCACUUGUGCAAGACCUGCAGUCUGGUCUCCCGUCACUAGGCGCUGGUGCUCAUUGCGCACACAGCACUCUGCCGGGGAUGUCGUGUGGAGCUCCUGCCGGCUGACCUACUUUCUCCCCGGCCUCUCGCCGGUGUUUACAACCGAGCAAACACCCGGAGCUCUGCGAGGAGGACACCCGUCUUCUCGUUUAUCUAGACUAAAUCACAAGGGCUGUCCCCCUACAGAGCCGCUUCGGGGAGACCGCUCCUCGGGUACCCCUAAAAGCACCCGUUUUACGGCUGGUUAUGCAAUGUGACGGCGCCGUGCUGGUGGAUGGUGGAGCCCCGUCUGAUGGAGACUAUCAGCCGGAGUUGAGCCUGAGAGCCCGGGUCCGGCAUGGAGGAGGUUCUGCUGAGGACUUGUUAUUGAGACACCAGUGACAGGGUUUCCCGGCCAGGUUUCCAGGGGCAGUAGGUCCGGACUGGAUGGGCGGCGGUCACACAGGCCAGCAGGGGGGCCGCGGCGGCCAGAGGGAGUGAGUGAUGGACAGCCUGUCAGACUUCAGCGGACCCUGCGCCUCCAGUCGCAGGGAAUGGGACACCAGCAGCUGUGUCGACGAUUUACUGGAAGAAGAUGAAAAGGACCGAGCAAAAAGGGCGUCCCGGAACAAGUCGGAGAAGAAGCGGCGGGACCAGUUCAACGUGCUCAUCAAGGAGCUGUGCACCAUGCUGCAGGUCCAGGGCCUGCCCUGCAAGAUGGACAAGUCCACCAUCCUGCAGAGGACCAUCGGCUUCCUGCAGAAGCAGAAAGACAUGUCGGCCCAGAACGACAGCUGUGACGUGAGGCAGGACUGGAAGCCGUCCUUCCUGAGCAACGAGGAGUUCACUCAGCUCAUGCUGGAGGCUUUGGAUGGCUUCCUGGUUGCCCUGACGACGGACGGAAAUAUCAUCUACGUGUCAGACAGCGUCUCCUCUCUGAUUGGACACCUACCGCCUGACAUGGUGGACCAGAACAUCCUGAACUUCCUGCCGGAGCGCGAGCACAGCGACGUCUACAAGCUGCUGUCCUCCCACAUGCUGAGCUCCGACCCCGCCAGCUCGGACUUCCUCGACAGUGAGUCUCAUGUGGAGUUCUGCUGUCACCUGGCGAGAGGCAACAUGGACCUGAAGGAGCCUCCAGUCUACGAGUACGUCAAGUUCAUAGGAGACUUCAAGUUCCACAACAAUGUGCCUACGUCCUCCUGUAACGGCCUGGAGCUGGCCUUACCCAGAACCCUCCAGUCCUCCCUGGAGGAGCAGCUGUGCCUCAUCGCCACGGUGCGCCUGGUCACCCCUCAGUUCCUCAAGGAUCUGUGCAACGUCCAAGACCCCUGUGACGAGUUCACGUCCAGACACAGUCUGGAGUGGAAGUUCCUGUUCCUGGAUCACAGAGCGUCUCCCAUCAUCGGCUACCUCCCCUUCGAGGUGUUGGGGACGUCAGGCUACGACUACUACCACGUGGACGACCUGGAGCUCAUAGCCCAGUGUCACAAGCACCUCAUGCAGUUGGGGAAGGGGAAGUCGUGCUACUACCGCUUCCUGACCAAAGGCCAGCAGUGGAUCUGGCUGCAGACGCACUACUACAUCACCUACCACCAGUGGAACUCCAAGCCCGAGUUCAUCGUCUGCACGCACACCGUCGUCAGCUACGCGGAGGUGCGGGCGGAGAGGAGGCGAGCCAUGGGUCUGGAGGAGAUGUCCCCCGUGGAGCUGGCCCCCUCCUCUGUGAAGGCCCAGGAGCUGUACCUGGACUUCUGCUCCACCCUGGACCCUCCGAAGGAGCGUACCAGUGCGCCCCGGUCCGUCUCCUCCCGCGGCUCCAGGAAGUCCUCCCACCUGGGGCUGUCCGACUCCGCCUCCGCCAACUCGUACACAGAGCCCUGUACACCGUCGUGGCAGUCCACAUCCAUCGGGACGGAUAACUCCACCGCCAGGCUGCAGCCCGGCGGUUCCAAGCAGCAGCAACCACCGCAAGAACAACAUCAACAACCACAACCACAAACACAACCACCACAACAACAACCUCAACCACCACAACAACAUCAACAACAACAGCCACAACAACAUCAGCAUCCCAGACCACCAGCGCAGCAGGUGCAGCAGGUGCAGCAGGCGCAGCAGGUGCAGCAGGUACAGCAGGUACAGCAGGUGCAGCAGCCCCUGCUGUACCAGCAGCAGCUCCCCCUGGUGGCGCAGCCUCAGCUGGGCAUGAUGAACCACCUGAAGGAGCAGCUGGAGGAGAGGACCCGGAUCCUGCAGGCGGACAUCAAGACCCAGCAGCAGGAGCUCCACGACAUCAAGGAGAAGCUACAGCUAGCCAACUUCCAGAUGUUUUUACAGCCACCUAUCCACACUGACUUUGGCCAGGUCCCGCCCCCCCAGCCGCAGCGAUCCGGGCGACCCCUGGCCCAGGGGUCAGGGGUCAUACGUCAGAACUCCGGCCCGCCAGCCAAGCAGCAGGCCUGCCAUGCCCCGUCGGCCAACCCCCUGCAGGUGCACCAGAGGCUGGUCCGGCGGGGCCCGGUGCGGACGCUGAGCCUCCCGGUGCAGGGCAGCAGCAGCCUGGGCCUGCCGCUCUACACCAACCCCAUGAUGUUCUCCUCCAGCGCCCGGCCGCUGCAGGACGCGCGCCACGCCCACCUGGACCCCGCCGACUUCAGCCAGGACGGACAGCUACGGAUGCUGCUGAACCAGCCCAUGCAGACUCUGGUCCCCAACAACAGUGUGACCCCCCAGACCUCCCAGUGUAACCCCGGACUCUCUCAGACCAAGUACACGGUGGAGCAGCAGCUGAUGGGCCAGUCCUUCACCAUGCAGCAGGUCAACUGUAACGCCGUGCUGGUCCCCUCCCCCGUCUUCACCUCGCCCUUCGUCAUCCCCCACAACAGCUUCAUCACCCACCAGCCGCAGGCCGCCUACCAGCAGCCUACCCAGCAUGCAGCGCUGCAGCUGCAGCAGCCCCAGCAGUUCUUUCAGAUGCAGACUCAGGGUCUGCUGCACAGCGGCUCCACGCCAGCCUUCCUGCACGCCACCAACAUACCGCAGCAAAGCACCCUGGGAUACAUUCAGCAGCAGCCGCAACAGCAACAACAACAACAACAACAACAACAACAGAGACUGCAGCAGCAGCAGCAGCAGCACUCCCAGAACCAGCCGGGCAGCGUGUCGGACUUCCAGAACAUGCUGACACGGUAGCUCCACCUCCCCCGGGCGGAGGGGCGGCGACCAGACGCCGGGCGGCCUGAGGCGGCGUUGGGGACGAGGAGGAAGCAGAGUCCCGCUGGACGUGUGAAACCGAGGCCCCUGCGUCCUUCACUGAGGUCUUCAGAAGAGAGCUGGACCUGAGCUGGACCCGACUGAGGGGGAUCGUUCGCUGCCACAAGGAGACGCCUCAUGUUGGCACGGAGCUGGCCGUUCGGAUCCGGGCGGUUUUUCUGCGCUGGCGUUGGCGAUAAGAGACAAGGGAGGAGGAGGAGGAGGGGCUGUAAAUCCCUGGACCACAGUCAGUCUGUCGGACUGAAGAGCCAAGUCGUUGCUAUGGGGUCCGUUGCUAGGAGACUGUUGCUAGGGGCCUUCACUAAGGUUGAUGGGGCCCUGUCGUUUGCGGCCCAUUGCUAGGGGGGGCCCUCAUCAGGGCUGCAAGAAGCACGUCACUAGGGGGCCUGUUUUUAGGUGGGGUCACAAUGGGCUGUUGCUAGGCGGGGUCACUAGUGGCUGUUGCUAGGGGCCUUGGUUGCAUCCAUUCGUCCGUUGGCGACCGUCAUACAGGAAGAGAAGAUGAGCUGGUGUCCUCCCCGCCCCCAGAAGAGCAGUAACUGGGGUUCUCUGUGUUCCUUUGCCUUGUUCGUACUGUUAGUGUCCGGUUCCCCCACCCCAGCACUUAGAUCCAAGAUGGCCGAAGGGCGAAUGAGUCCUAUUGCCGCCGCCCUCCUCUUUCUACAAAACUAGAAUACAGCUCUUAACUCUGUUCAUGAGCUCUGAUGGGUCCCACACUGGUGGUCUGACAACCCCCCUCUUCUGCCUUAUCACUCCACUCUGUAGCACUAGUGUUUCACAGCAGGACCAACCAAUAGAGUUCAAGCACUCGAUUCUCACCGUUGGAGUUGAGACCCCCAUCUGGGACUGAAGGGGGGGGGGGGUGGGGGGGUCUUGAGUAGUGAUGGAGGGUACCAGCAGAUGUGCCUUGCCCAGCCGUGGUUUCUCCCUGCUUAGGGUGGGAGGGGGGUGUGUGACCAUGGCUAUAAACCCUGCUCAGGUCCUGGAAAACACAGUAGACCCGUUGUGUUUUCAGGGCCCGGCCCUUUGUCCCACGCCACUCAGAGGCAGAGACUUAGGCACAAUCCCAUUUCUACCCCUUACCCCUUCCCCUUACCCCUUCCUCUUACCCCUUCAAAACAAGGGGGAGGGGGAAGGGGUAGAAAUGGGAUUGGGCCUUAAGUUUGUCUUGGGCAAACUAUCUAAUCAAACUUCUAUAAGGAUACACGUCCUCCAUUACAGAGAAAAUAUCAGCAUCAUUUAUCCCUGAGGAUAACCAGACUUUUGCAACAUUGCUUCUGGGAUUUAUGAUCGAGGGGUUGAUGCAUCGACAUGACCUGGUUUUGAUACGACAGAGAGAAGGAACUAACAGCCAGAGGGAAAAGAUAGCAAGAUUGGCUUCACAUACAUUGGAGGAGAGUAGCCCUUCACAGAUUAUAGCUACUAACAGAAGAAGUUUGUUUCUUACUUCAAGAACGACGAGAAUACGACCGGCCACACUUUCCCACCGCUCAACGCUGAGGGAACCCAAACGAUCGGCUGUUUGAAUAUCUGUUCAAUGUCUGAUGCAAUGCAAGUGAGAGCUCUGGAGUUUGAAGACGUCUGAGGAGAAGGUUGAAGUGUCGGACGUAGGGUCUGACACUUCUCUCAGUGGGAUUCUGGAUGCAGCCCUCUUCAUUUUUGUUUCAUCAAUUUUAUUUUGUUCGGUUCUUGUGUGUGUUGCCGCUGCCAAUCUCCGAUCCACUCCAAACCAGCCAUAUUUAUAAAUUGUUAAAGGGUGGGUAUGGGAUUUGCGAAACGCUGACUCUGACUCCACCCAUUCCAAGUACAUGGACGCGCAAUCAUUCACGAGCGCGAACACAGAUGCGCGAGACCGAGCCAGGCUAGCUAGGUUGGAGUUUAGGGUUGUCUUCUAGUGCUAGGUCCAAAUGUGGAUUAGCUAGUUAGCUAGCUCCAGUAGCUACCGCAGGAUA